UACUUGCUGCAAGACAUCUCCAGUUUUCGGCAACCUAAGAUGGAAAAAAUCGUCAACUCUUUUGCCACCACCUUUGCUCUCCCUCAGGGCCUCGUGAAACUCGUUGAAGGAUUUUGGCUCCUUGACCACCAUGAGUGUGAAAAAUCACUGGCCCUGCUGUGUCACCCGAGAACAAUGAAAAUAGAGCCCUGGCUUAAAACAAGAGUACUUAGAUCACUCAUCUGUAGAGGAGAGCGUAAAAAAGCCCUGAAAUACAUACAGAGUAAUCGUGAACGUCGCUUGAAUGAGCGAACGGUUUCCGGAAGAGCGGCUGCCGCUGCCCCACGAGCGGCUCGGCUGCUUCUGUCGUGGGCGCUGUUGUCGUGCUGCAGGGCCACCGCAGUUGUGGUGGUGACUGGUUCCGGCCCAAGCUCGACUCUAAAGUGCCGACCGUGAGCUUGGGCUGUGAUGGAGGCAUCGACGUAAGCGCCUCAGCUCAUCAGCCUGUGCCUUCUGCUCGGGAGGACGACGUCUGGUCUCAACACUGGUGACCCUCAAAGGCUUUCGAGAAUGACCUGUGCUCUGUGGAACUCUGAUGGGAUAAUUGAAUGAACUUUGGUGGUGCUUUAGGGGAUGCUGACUUUGUCAAAUGUAAUCGUGUGUUCUUGUCUGUUUGGAUAUCUUCUUCAGGGCAUCUCCCGUCAUCCUACAGCUCGACCUUGUUCAUCUCUCUUCACCUCUGGAAUUGUUGGUGAAAGCUGAUACCCCUUAAGGCACAGCUGCACACACAUACCCCACCCCACUCCCCCCCACCGUUGCGUGCUUACCAAGUUCGCAAAUACUGGAGACAGUCUUGUCUCUCCUGAGUUUUUAAUGUGGCCGUUUCUCUGGUAACAAGUACUCCCUUAGCCGAUUGUUUGGGGCUCUAGAUAGUGUAUGUGAAUAUCCUUGGCCUUUGCUAUCAAGGCCAUCCCCGUUCUUAUCUAUCCUGACAGUUGCUGGAGGUCUCUUCAGUCGGCCGGGUACGUCUCCAGCCUGAUGAGCUUAAUGGUUCCAAUAACGGUCCCGUUUAAAGAGAAAAUGGAGCCUACUGGCAGCGAGGUUGCUUGCAGCUUCUUGCUAGCAAGAACUACAGGGUGGGGUGGUGAAAGUCCUUUGAAAAGAGAGUAAAAGUUGAAGCAACUCUCUAAGCUUGGUACCUAUUUAAACUUUGGUGUUUUGGCAUGAACUGGGUCUCUAGAACUAGGAGGAAAGGUAGUUGAUAUUUUUGAGCUUGGAGAACACUAGGAGUAUUGUCUCUGCCUUCUUAUCCAUGAAGAGCUGUUUACAACGUGUAGUAACUGCUAAAGCUGGCUCUGGAGGAGAAACUGCUAGAAUGAGGAAGGCUGCUGUGUGUGCAGCUGCCCACUUGCCUGUCUACUUGCAGGUCUCUUGGAUGAAAUGUGACCUUAAAGUAGGUGUGUGUAGGAGAUCAAAACCCUUCCCACUGGCACCCAAGCUGCUUGUGAGGCGUAUGUCAGAAUGCUAACACUCCAGUAUUUAAAGAAACUUUUGUGCACAAGCCUUGGUUCUGAGGAACAAGGGGCCGGUUCCCAUCUACUCACUUCCCCGACUAUUAAAUAGAGUGUUACUGUGGUGAACUGUUUACAUAGUCUGUUAAACUCUGAAUGCAGCAGUGGCGUGGUGCUGGGAAUGAAAGAAGACA